AUGUUCUCCAAACCCUCAGUCUUCGUACUUUUCGGUCUCGCGACAUCGGCGCUCGCCACGGUCUAUAUCACAGACCCGGUUGGUUCCACCGUCUGGAAUGCAGGAGAUACUGUCACCGUCUCCUGGCAAGACGACGGUGCCUCUCCGACGUUGGAAGAGUUUGGUGAAGCUAAAUUCGCCAUCGCAGUUGGAAAUUCUUUGCAGCAAACAAUCCUUCAAGUUAUUGCUGAGAACGUCAAUGUAGCCACUACUUCAUCUCUGCAGUUCGUUCCAUCUGCAAAUGUUGGAGCUUCAAGCGACCAAUACUUCAUUCGUGUCGAUUCUAACAACCUUAAGGAUGCAAACAACUCUCAAUACCCUGCUCUCUCUUUCUCCGCCAAGUUCACAAUUGAUGGAAUGUCCGGCUCGUUCAACUCCUCUGUCCAAGCACAGAUUGACGGCCAGUCGACCGCACCUUUCGCCGGUGCUUCGACGUCAGCCUCAGCCUCUGCGAGCCAUUCCAGCGUCGCAACUGCAAGCACCACCAAGUCAGCUUCUGCUUCAACCACUGGCACCGUCAAGGCAUCUUCUUCGGGGACUGCGACCCACAGCGGCAGUGCUGCGAGUGCUUCAUCUACCGGGAACAGCGCUACGGCCAGCAACCCUAAGAUAUGGCUGUCUGUGGCGUUAGCAGCAGCAUUGGGUCUUGUCGCCUGCUAA